AUGAAGAUGAGUCCAGUAACUAAAUCUCUCUCAAUUGAUCUCCUAGCCUUAUUUCUCUCUCUCAUCCCAUUCCUUCAAAACAGAGCCCUUGCCCUUGACACAACAUCAUCCCUCAGUCUUAUUAACACCAUUAAUGUUGCUAGGAACGAGACUGAUUUCCAUGCAUUAUUGGCCUUCAUGUCCAAUAUUUUCCCACAAUAUCACCAGGCCUUGAGCUCAUGGAAUGAAUCUCUCCAUUUCUGUCACUGGGAAGGUGUCAAAUGCGGCUGCCGACACGAACGAGUGACCGUUAUAGACCUUGCCUCCAGAGGUCUAGCAGGUUCUUUGUCUCCUUAUAUUGGAAACCUUAGCUUUCUACGGGAGCUUAGCCUCAUAAACAACACUUUUAUUGGUGAAAUUCCAACUGAACUUGGUAAUCUUUUGAAGUUACAGAUACUGAAACUCGCGUAUAACGGUUUUGAAGGGAAAAUUCCAACAAGCCUAUCUCGUUGCUCCAAUCUUGGGUUCCUUAGUGUAACCAGCAACAAGCUAGUUGGAGAGUUUCCGAAAGAACUUGGUUAUUCAAUGCCGAGACUCAAAUCACUCUACGUUACUAGUAACAAUUUGACUGGAGGGAUUCCUCCAUCGAUUGGAAUCUUACUUCUCCGCAAUUUGGAGCUGUUGGGUUUGGAAGAUAACCAAUUUGGAGGUGAAUUACCAAAUUUUAUAACAAUGAAUGAUGAAAAUAACCUUAAUGGGAGCAUACCAAGACAACUAUUGAUGCAAAAUUCGUUUCAAGGAUCUAUUCCUUCAUCAAUGGAAUCCUUGAGAGGUAUUCAAAAUUUGGACCUUUCUCACAACAACUUAUCCGGUCAAAUUCUAGGAUUCUUAGGGACUUUUUCCUUGAAGAAUCUCAAUUUGUCCUUCAACAAUUUUGAAGGAGAGUUACCAAUGAGAGGGGUCUUCACAAAUGCAAGUGCAAUAUCUGUUGCUGGAAAUUAUAGGCUUUGUGGUGGCAUUCUUGAACUGCUACUAGCUUGA